AUGGCGAACAGAUUAGCAAAACUGUUUACGAAUUCAUUCAAACUGGCGACCAGCGACCUUGCGAAUCAGUACGCGCUGCCGGUGAAAUCAAUGACUGGGCACGCGGUGAGCAAGUACGGAGCGGCCAAAACACGGAGGCUCAACGAGAAGGUCGUGGAAAAAAUGGACGUCGGAAAGAACGAUCUCAUAUUCGAGAUCGGAUUCGGCAGAGGAGACGCUUUGCAGAUGUGCUUCGAGAGAGUGAAAGAGGGCCGGGGAAUUGUGUGUUCGGAUGUCGAGACCUUUGUGAUUAAUUGGUUUAGGUGUUCGGCGUCGAGAGAUCAGGCUAUAUGGACGAACGAGCACGGAAACGAUUCAUUCUGGAGAUAGCCGAGACCGACAAAAUUCGGAUCGACUCGGCCACCGAUCUCCGUAAUCUACCGUACCCCACCGACCUCUUCAACCACGUAUUCCAUGUCGACGUCUUCUACUUUUUUCGUCAAGAUCACCUGAUCGACAUCAAUCGAGAACUGCUGCGAGUACUCAAACCGGGAGGAUCGCUGACGGUCGGAAUGCAGUUCUCCCGACUGAAACAGCUCACGGAGCACGGAAUUGUCGAGGAGAGUCAGUGGAAUCCGAUGAGGUAUCUGACCGCAUUAGAAGCCGCUCAGUUUAGUGAUGUCCAGGUACAAAUUUCUGCGGAAUGCGGUACAUUUUAAUGAGCUUUUUUCAGAUAAACUAUCACAAGGACAGUCAAAUGGGCGAGUAUCAGAUAAUUUCGGCGAGGAAGUCUGCGAACGCGUUAGAAGAAGAGGAUCCGGAAGAACUACUGAGGCAGUUGGCGAUGGACAUAAAGAGAGAACGACUGGCAGUGGCGAUGAUGAAUAAUAAAAAAGAUGUGGGUGACAUCUAAUCGAUUAUACUAAGAAUUGCUCAUUAGGUUCAUAAAUUCGUUUUUUUACAUACAGGAUUGUGAUGAGUUCAGAUCAAUCUACAAAGAUUCUACCGUAGUCUCUACUUCCGCGCUGUCACGCAUAAACACAUCAGUUCUCUCUCCGUUAAGUACCACUUCGGCGUUACAACUCCCAAACGGGCGGCCGUAAAUCCACUGGUUACCAGGUUACUCCUUCCCGCUUAAAAGUCCAGCAUCUGUCUCUUUUUGCUGUCGAAGCCGGCUCGCAAUGUCGCAUCCUUUUUCUUUUCGAAUUCUCUAUCUUCUAGCGUUUCUCGGAGGCUUAUCAGAUGCUUCGGAUUCUUCCUCUUCCACUUUCAACCGUCAUCUCAUCUUCGGACGUUCCCUACACCUCCACCACAUCCUCUUCGUCGACCACAGAUCCUUCGUGCAGUGUCCAGUGUCCUGACGGCUACCUCAUCGGAACCUCUUCUUGCUACAUCCUCUACGCCUCCUCGAAAGCCCCUACCUAUCAGUCCUCCCUUGCUCUCUGCAUGGCCACUGAUCGUCAGACACUCGCUUCCCUUGAUUCAUUCCGCGAUCGGAACGACAUUCAGUCCCUGCAAUCGGGUGCUGCCCAACAGAGUUCCAACUGGUUUUUCGCGAACGGAAUCGGCUCGAGACGGGAGAGAUUCGACAAGACUGUGGAUGUGUACAGUAUCUUCGAUCAAACCAUUGUUGCUGCUCCAGUCGCUACGACCGUCACAGUUUCGGAGACGUUUUCGAACGUCUCGACUCUAUGCGUCAUGCCACGUAAGUGCACUUGAUGGUGCCCCUUCGUUCGUCUUCAGCGUUUCCUUCUUUCAGAAUACUGUGCCAAACCGGUGUGUAACGUGGACUCACUCAUGCUCACUUUCGACUAUUCCCUCUACUUCAAAUACUCGGCCAAAUCACUUCAGCCAAAGGAAACGGCCACACUCACCUGCAUUUACACUCAAAAACAGUACACAAUCACAUGCGGAGCACUCGGAAAUGUCUAUCCAGAACCGUCUUUCUUCGAUUGCCAACGAGAAAAUGCAGCGUUGAUAAUGAAGGACACGACGAACGAGACGGUCUCCAGUUGUGCCAAGUGCUAUAAACGGGGCACUGGAUCAUGUGAGCAAGUGACCGAUGGCAAUGGCACAGAGCUGGGAGUCAGAUGCAUUUGUAAAAGACCGUUCACGGUAGACAAGGUGUUCCCAUUUUUUAGUAUCCAUCUCGACUUUCAGAUGGCCAGAUGCUGGUACACUCCGGACACAUGCACCGAUAACUACUGCGGCGCUAACGGCACGUGCUACAGUGAAAUGGGCGGAAGGCGUUGUGAGUGUGACUCUGGAUAUUCGGGAAGUUACUGUGAGACCGAAAUGCGGACACAGUACUCUGGACGGUGGGAAUAUUCGAUGUGCACGGGCCUCAUCAUUGCACUGGGAGGCUUUCUGGUCCGGAUGAUAAAGGCGGCCGUCUACCUGCACAGACUGGAUAUGUCUCCGAAUGAUGUGAAUUAUUCACUCUUUCCUUAUCCUUCUUUUCUUCUUCAGGAUCCGCAAUGCACUCAUCAGGCGACCCGUUCUUACUGUAUGUUCGUCGGAGGAAUCCUCGUGGCUUUCUUCUCCAAUCCGGCGUUUCUCGAUAUCAAUCAGGCCGCCUGUCGAUUCCAUUUCAUUUUCAUUCACUUCUGCUUUCUCAUGGGUCCUCAUCCUCUUUCAAUAUUUUCCAUUUCUCUUGUUUUUCAGGAAUGAUGCACUGGCUUCUCGAAGGUUGGAAUGUAAAUCAAGUGCUCCGUUGUGUGCAUUUGAACGAAUGGGAGCGAGAUUGGGACGGCAACAAAGCGUGGGGUGUCCGUAUCGCGCCACGGAUGCUUUUCUCAUUUCUGGCAGUGGCGACAGGCCUUCUGAUCACAUUCCAAGCAGGUUGGAAUCAGCUGGCGGCCACGUGGACGUGCGUGGGCGUCAUUAAUCAGUCGACCGCCUCUGUUUGGAUUCCGAUCUUCGUAAUGGUUGCCAUCAUUUGCAUCUAUGCAGGAGCCAUCUGUGAAUCAAGUAUUCUCAUUAAAUUGUUAGUUUUCUCUCCGGUGGUGCAUCUACAGUAACCUCUUCUUUUCCAGCCGACGUCCCCUUCUCGCCUACCGAAUGGAUAUGCGAAUAGAAAGAGAAAUCGGGCACGUGGAAGGGAGGCGCAUCGAGAAAGUGCGUCGGAAUGAGGUUCUCUGCCUGAUCGGACUCUUCUUGCUCGUUUUCGUCUGGUUCAUGGUCAUUCUCUCGUCGGAUAACAAAGAUGACGGCAUUGUCGGAUGGUUGGGAAUCAAAUCGGAUCACGAUAGAAUUGAAGUGCUUUCAGGAUGACUAUAAUUUCCGCGUUUAUCUACUCUCUCUACUCGUUUUACCAGGAAUCCGAAACUUGUCCGGAAGACCGUGCCAUCUGGAUUUCCCUGCUCCAACGUGUUCUUCCUCUGCGAUUCGCGCCCAGCUACAAUCCGGAAACGAUGUGGACUGUGGAUGAGGUGAAGCAAAUGUACUCGAUGCCGGAAACGGAACGGAAGCAUGCGUACCAGCACUACAUUCCUCGCAAUAACGUUCUUCAUUUGCAUCACCGAUGGGACCUCCGAUUUAAUGAACUUCUGACCGAGAACGAGUUGACAAUCAAUGACGCGCUGGUCAGAGUGUUCUGCGAAGAAAUGAAUCGACUGAAAGAGCGCAACGGAACUGUUUCGCAGAAGUAUUACAUCAUGUAAGCAUAAUGAAAAUUAGAAUUAUAUAACACGUUCGUUCAGGGACGCAUACAAAGAUUUCCUUCGUUCCAUUCCCGAUUAUGAUCCUCGAACGGAAGAAGGGCGCGUAAAGACUCGUUUGGAGUUGGUAACUCUAGCGGCGGAAGCUCCGAUAGGUGUCAAACUCGCGAAGUUCUUCAUUGUUCCGGGCUUCGACGUGUUCCGGCCGGAGAUUCCGGAUGAGGGUGGAAUGAACCGAAAUGCGAACCAGCACAUGCGACUUCUGCAGGAGCGAAUUCAGAUGGUGAGGACGCUGUCUGACUUUUAAUAAUGAGGCGAACUCAUUCAGAAGCAUUACAAAAUAAUGCGAGAAGAAGCACAUGCUCAGGCGGUUUUCAUCAAUUCCAACAUCUUAUUCCAUUACUUUGGAAACGAAGUCGUUCGAUAA